AUGCAGUCAAUUUUAAAAAUCAACAGUCGUCGUGUAUUAUCAUCGAUUUUAACACCAUGUCGAUCGAUCAGUAACGAUUUGAAUACAUCUUGGAGAACAGCAUAUGGAGGAAAAUAUACUGUAACAUUAAUACAUGGAGAUGGUGUUGGACCUGAACUUAUGGAACAUGUUAAAGCUGCUAUUCGAUGUGUUCGAGCACCGGUCGAUUUUGAAGAUAUACCAUUAUCAAGUCAUGUAGCUAGUGAUGCAAUGUUUGAAAGAGCUAUUACAGCUGUUAAACGUAAUGGUAUAGCUCUUAAAGGUAAUAUUGCAUCACAAAAUACAUCAAAUUCUCUUAAUGUUCUUUUACGUACUCGUUUGGAUUUAUUUGCUAAUGUCAUUCGUUGUAAAACAAGUCCUGUUGUACCGACACGUCAUUCAAAUAUUGAUAUUCUCGUUAUUCGUGAGAAUACCGAAGGUGAAUAUAGUUCACUUGAACACGAGUCCGUUCCUGGAGUUGUUGAAAGUCUUAAAGUUAUAACACGAGCAAAAUCUCUUAAAAUUGCUCGUUUUGCUUUUGAAAUUGCAAAACAUGCUGACCGAAAGAAAGUCACUGCUGUUCAUAAAGCAAAUAUAAUGAAAUUGAGUGAUGGUUUAUUUAUUGAUUGUUGUCGUGAGAUUUCCGCUGAAUAUCCCGAUAUUAAAUUUGAUACAAUGAUUGUUGACAAUACCUGUAUGCAAUUGGUAAAUCGACCAACACAAUUUGAUGUUAUGGUUAUGCCAAAUUUAUAUGGAAAUAUUGUUUCAAAUGUAUGUGCUGGUCUUGUUGGUGGUUCAGGUUUUGUUGCUGGUUCAAAUUAUGGAGACCAUUUUGCUAUUUUUGAACAAGGAACAAGAAAUACAGGUUUAGGUAUUGCUGGAAAAAAUAUUGCUAAUCCAUCUGGUAUUCUUUUUGCUGCUGCCAAUAUGCUGAAAUAUUUAGGAUUGGAUCAUCAUUGUUCAGCUAUAAAAAAUGCCGUUUUAAAUACAAUUCAAGAACAUAAAAUCAAAACACCCGAUAUUGGUGGUACAGCAACAACAACACAAUUUAUUGAAUGUGUUUUAAAUGAAAUUGUUAAAUUAACUCCAGCAAUUGGUUUUAAUUAUGAAAUGCAAAAACCAAGUCUUGCUUUUAGAUAUAAAGAUGUCGACUAA